UAGUUAGCGGGCCAUGCAUGCAUGUUUUAAAACUUUGGUGAGUCGAAAGUCAACACAACGAGAGAAAAUGUAGUGACACUGCAUAAUUAUUCAGGUUUUGAAAGGUUGAUAGCCAAACUUGUUCAUUAGCUUUCGUCGAAAGCGCAACCCAUACUGUCGCUCGUAUCGAGGAUAUGGUGCAGCGAUAUUGAAACCAGUUUGUUUAUUUCGCGUUAAGCAGAUCUUCGCGCAAUUAACACUUAAAUUGUGCAUUUUUAUGGCUUGGCUUUGCCGAUGUACUUUAAACAAUGGCCGAAGACCCUGAUCAGCUGAAAAACGUCUUGAAAGAGCGAGCCGUAGAGCUGUUCAACUUAUGUGACCAAGACGGCAAGGGAUAUAUCACUGAGAGCGAACUACAACAUGUUAUCGCCGAACUCGGGCUACCUCUCGAUGCAAGCCAAGUUAAGCAGACUUUCAAUGAACUUGAUUACGAUGAGAAUGGCUACUUGACUUUAGAGGAGUUCACUGCGGGAUUUGGUCUGUUCCUGGGUAUUCAAUCGAAUGAUGAAGGCAACAACGAUUUGAAUGAAAUCACAUCAGUCAGCGAUCCCGGCCGGGAGCUGUUCUUUCUCUGUGACCCUGAGGGGAAGGGUUACAUCACGAAAGUGGACUUAGAACGGGUUGCUGGAGAUUUGAAUUUGAAUUUCGAGCAGCUUGAUUUUAUAUUCGAUAAGCUUGACAUCGAUAAAAAUGGGCGUUUGACCUUGGAAGAAUUCGUUGAAGGAUUCGGGACUUUUCUCAGCGAAGGUAACGGUUCGACGGAACACGACUCGUCCAAACAUGUCGACGGUGAUUUGAACGACGAGUUUACAAAGCAAAGCUUGCCUGAAGGGCAUGAUAUAUUCGAAAGUUUAGAAACGGGACCAGAAUCUCCAAAUUAUGCCUCAGAAGAAGCGCUCUUUCGAGGAAUCGUGGAAAGCGUCGGAGAAGAUAUAUUCUCAGGGAGUCUGACCAAAGAUCAGCUGCGAGAUCUGUGGGAAGCUCUGAGGAAAAACGAUGUCCGAGGAUUGCAAAAGUUCGAGGAAUUUUUGGGAAAAGUUUGCGGCGAGAUAAGACGAGCGAAAAUUGAUUCGGAGCAACUGGAAUCUGCUCUUAAAAGGUAA